CUCUAGGGUUUAACAAGGUUUUAUGGGUAGACAAAAAAUAAUAGAAGAAAGGCAGUCUCCCAUUUGAGACGAGCAGCCAAACCCCUUUGGAUUGUGGACGAAACCUUCAAAUACGAAUUGGCUUUCUCCGUCCGCCUCUGAAUUUCUCGUUUUCUGAAACCCUAGAAUUUAAACUGUCUGUUUCUUGAUCAGUAUUUAUUUACCUAUAUAUCGAUUCGACAUAUUCGUUGAAAUCACAAUCUUCAGAAGAAGUAGCCUAGAUGACUACUACAGAGGGUGCUACGGAGGCAGUAGAGUUUGUUAGUUUCAGCUUUUUAACAGAUGAAGAGGUUAGAAAAAUGAGUAGGAAGAAGGUUACAUGCCCCAUUCUUUAUAAUAACCUGGACGUAGCUUAUCCCAAUGGCUUGUAUGAUCCUGCAAUGGGACCCUUAGAGGAUAAAGGACUUUGUGGAUCAUGUGGCCAGACUUAUUUUGAGUGCUCCGGUCAUUGUGGCCAUAUUGACCUUGCGGUACCAGUCUACAAUCCCCUGUUAGUCAGGACUCUCUUCCAACUGCUCGAAAGGACUUGCUUCUUUUGCAAACAUUUUAGGAUAGAAAAGGAAAAGGUUCAAAAGUGUGUUGCCCAACUUGAACUUAUUAAGAAGGGUGAUAUUACCGGGGCCAAAAACUUAGAUAUGGCUGAGUGUUCUGCAUGGGAGGAAAGUGAUUCUGACCAGACAGCAUGCACCACCAAGCCAUCCGAGGUGAGUUAUAACAACAGUCAGAGUUCCGAGCAGCACCACUGGACGUCACUUCAAUAUUCUGAGGCUAUGUCCGUACUGGACGGUUUGUUGGGGUCUAAGCCAAGUGCAUGCCGUAGGUGUUCUGCAAAAAAUCCCAGAAUCAGUUGUCCAACUUUUGGUUGGUUCUACAUGAACAUGUCAAAAGCUUCUACUCGAGCAAAUGUUAUACAAGGAGUUGAGCUGAACGAAUCAUUCGAUGAUGGAGCUGAACAAGAUGUGAUUGGAGAGGUAAGGCAUUCUGGUGUUUCAGAUUCCGAGGACGUGGAAUCAGCUGGAUCUGUCUAUAAUAGAACACUGAGUCCUGGUAAAAAAUCAAGAAACAAAGGAGUGUCUGGACCUCCUUCCGAAUACCUUAAGCAAAGCAAUUUCUUUUCGGGUGUCCUCUUACCAUCAGAGGCGAAAGAUCAUAUGAAGCUCGUGUGGGAAAAUGAGAAUCAAAUCUGUUCCCUCAUUUGUGACAUUCAGCAACAAGGAAUGACUCAGAAGAGAAGUAGUUACUCUAUGUUCUUCAUCGAAGCCCUUUUAGUAGCUCCAGUCAAGUUCCGACCCCCCUCUAAGGGUGCUAUGGUGUCCGAUCAUCCCCAAACUGUGUUGUUGGGUAAAGUGUUAGAGUCCAACAUCAAAUUAGCCAAUGCACACAUGAAUAGCUCAGAAGACACUCGAUUUGUUACUCAAUGGAGGGAACUUCAAAAAAAUGUAAAUGUCUUAUAUGAUAGCAAGGCUGUCAAAGGAGGUGCCAAGGAUAGUGCGGCUAAUGGAGGAAUAUGUCAGCUGCUGGAGAAGAAGGAGGGUCUUUUUCGGCAAAAAAUGAUGGGAAAAAGGGUCAAUCAUGCAUGUCGGUCUGUCAUUUCUCCAGAUCCCUAUUUAGCAGUCAAUGAAAUUGGAAUUCCUCCUUGCUUUGCACUGAAUUUGACGUAUCCAGAGAGAGUGACGCCUUGGAAUGUUAACAAACUGAAGGAGGCUAUCCUCACCGGCGGUGAGGAACAUCCCGGAGCUACACACUACGUAGAUAAGUAUUCAAGUGUUAAAUUGCCAAAAGCUAAGCAAAAGCGAUUUGCAUAUGCAAGGAAGUUACCCACUUCGAGAGGAGUCCUUACACAAACUGGCAGGAGUGUUGAGCAAGAACUUGAAGGAAAGGUGGUGUACCGCCAUUUACGAGAUGGAGAUAUAGUGCUCGUCAAUCGACAGCCAACACUUCACAAACCAAGUAUUAUGGCUCAUGUUGUCCGUGUUCUGAAAGGGGAGAAAACACUACGUAUGCAUUACGCAAAUUGCAGUGUUUACAAUGCUGAUUUUGAUGGCGAUGAAAUGAAUGUUCAUUUCCCUCAAGAUGAAAUUUCACGUGCAGAAGGUUACCAUAUUGUGAAUGCAAAUAACCAAUACCUUGUUCCAACAAGCGGUGAACCGAAAAGGGGUUUAAUUCAGGACCAUAUCAUAAGUGCUGUACUUCUCACCAAGAAGGACACGUUUUUUACUCGAGAUGAGUACAACUACCUUCUUUACAGUUCUGGGGUGUCUGCUGCUGUUCGAAAUUCAUCUAGUGGUGCAUCUCGCAAAAAAAUAUAUAUGAUAAAUUCUGAAGAUGAGUUAGAAGGCGCUCCACCUGCUAUUUGGAAACCAGAGCCGCUGUGGACAGGGAAACAGGUCAUAAGCUCAAUAUUACAACAUAUUACUCGAACCAGAGGACUCGCUCCUUUUACCAUUGAAAAGUCUGGGAAGGUACCAUCUGAAUAUUUUGGAGACUCAAGUGGAGAAUUCAUGCUGCGCAUUCACAAAAACGAGUUGGUGCACGGGGUGAUUGACAAGAAUCAGUUUGAAAAGCAUGGCUUGGUUCAUACUGUCCAAGAGCUCUAUGGUUCGAAUGUAGCAGGGAUUUUGCUUUCUGUUCUAAGUCGAUUGUUUACUCUGUAUUUGCAGAUGCAUGGUUUCACUUGUGGAGUGGAUGACCUUCUUAUAAUACCUGAUGUGGAAACAAAAAGGACGAGUAUACUUGAAAAAAGUGAAGAAAUUGGGAAAAAGGUCCAUUGUCAGUUUGUUGGUUCUGCCGAUGGAGAUAUAGAUCCAACGACGUUACAAGCAGAGACCGAAAAAACUAUACGAAAUAAUGCUGAAUCUGCAACAACCCGCUUAGAUAGGAUGAUGUCCAGUGCUCUCAACGGGACAACCUCACAGGUGAACAAGGAGUUGUUUCCAAAGGGGUUACAGAAACCCUUCCCAAAGAACUGUCUUUCCCUUAUGACUACAACUGGAGCAAAAGGUGGUUUGGUUAACUUUACACAGAUAUCCUCUUUGUUAGGCCAACAAGAGCUAGAAGGUAAACGAGUUCCUAGAAUGGUUUCUGGUAAGACUUUGCCUUGCUUUCACCCGUGGGAUCCUGCAUCACGGGCUGGAGGCUUUAUCAGUGAUCGUUUUCUGACCGGUCUUCGCCCUCAAGAAUAUUACUUCCAUUGCAUGGCUGGUCGUGAGGGGUUAGUUGAUACAGCAGUCAAAACUUCUCGCAGUGGAUACCUGCAGAGAUGCCUUAUAAAGAAUCUCGAGUGUCUAAAAGUCGGUUAUGAUCACACUGUCCGUGACUCUGAUGGAUCUAUUGUCCAGUUCUGUUAUGGGGAAGAUGGUGUGGAUGUCCAUAAGACUAGCUUCAUUUCUGAAUUCAAUAUACUUGCUGCUAAUCAGGAGGUUGUGCUUGAUAAGCUUGGUGGUGGCUGCGAAGAUGCCCUCGUAAUGAAAUUCAAUAAUUAUAUUAAGCACAUGCCAGAGCCCCUUGAAGGGAAAAUAAAUGAGUUUAUAUCUAGUUUGUCGAAGAAGCAGAGGGCAUCUCUACAGCUCAGGAAAAAGGACUUUUUAAAGUUAAUGAAGCUUAAGUACUUUAGAAGUCUUGCUCAGCCAGGAGAACCUGUUGGUGUUCUCGCUGCUCAGUCCGUAGGAGAGCCAUCUACUCAGAUGACUCUCAAUACUUUCCAUCUUGCCGGUCAAGGUGAAAUGAACGUCACUCUGGGUGUCCCUCGGUUGCAAGAAAUUCUAAUGAGGGCUUCUGAGAAAAUCCAGACUCCUGUUAUGACCUGCCCCUUGCGGAAGGGGAAGACAAGAGAUGAUGCUGAUCGCCUGGCUGCAAAGUUAAAGAAGGUGACAGUAGCUGACAUAAUUGAGAAAAUUGAGGUCAACGUUGUGCCCUUUUCUGUUUAUAAACAGCAGGUCACAACUGUUUUUAAGCUGAAGAUCAAGGUCUUUGGACCUGAACAUUUCCCACCCUAUAUGGAUAUUACACUUGAAGACUGUAUGCAGACCUUAGAUGUUUUAUUUGUGAGGGAGUUGGAAGACUCUAUAGAAAAUCAUUUGAUCAUGGUAUUCAAAGUCAGUGGCAUUACAAAUAUGGGUCGGGAAUCUGAAGUUGUGAAUGAGGAAGAGAAAGAGAAAGAGGAAGAUAAGGAUGAUUCUAGUAAGCAAUCACAUAAUACAGGGGAAGAAACUGAUGACGACGAUGAAGGGGAUGCCAAUGAUAUCGAAGCAGAAGAUCUUGGUGUUGAUGCACAGAAAAGAAAAGAACAAGCUACAGAUGAGAUGGAUUAUGGCGAAGAUGGGAUGGAAACGGAGACUUCACUUGUUGAGAAUGUAGAUGCUGAAGGCUCGGAAAGUGAAAGUGAAAGUGAUGAUGUUGGGAAUAAAGAAAAUGACCAAGGUACGGAUGGCGAACCUCAGAUACUUGAUGCUGAGGAAGAACCAAAAUCUGUACCAGCAUCAAAGUCAUCAGACAAGAGGGAACCAGGAUCUGCAGCCAAACCGAAAAAGGUGGCCAAAGCAAGGCGGACGAAAAAGGAAUCCGAUAGAGUAUUCUUUGUAGAAGCUAAGGGGUUGGAUUUUGAAGUCCAUUUGAGAUUUACCGAUGAACCUCAUAUUAUACUAUCUAAGGUUGUCGAAAAGGCAGCAAAGAACGUCUACAUAAAAAGAUCAGGAAACAUAGAGCGAUGCUCUGUUAUCGACCACAACAGAGAUGCUAAACUCGCAGCACUACAGACAGCCGGAGUAGAUUUCGGUGCUUUCUGGGACAUGAUAGAUGAUCUUGACAUCAAUCAUAUUGUCUCAAAUGAUAUGCACACAGUUCUUCGAACAUACGGAGUGGAAGCCGCUAGAGCUACAAUUAUAAAUGAAGUGAAAGGUGUUUUUGACGCAUAUGGGAUUAAAGUCAACAUCCGACACCUAACUCUGAUUGCCGAUUACAUGACCCAGACAGGUGCAAUACGUCCUUUCAGUAGGUAUGGAAUUGCCAGCUCUACCUCACCUUUUAGUAAAAUGUCCUUUGAGACGGCAGCAAAAUUCAUUGUUGAUGCUGCAUAUCACGGCGAGGUUGACGAUUUAGAGUCGCCAUCAGCAAGGAUUUGCCUUGGUUUGCCUGUAAAAGUAGGAACAGGCAGUUUUGAUUUGUUACAACAGGUAUUUUGAUUUUGUAUGUAUAAACGGAUCCUACAAAUCCCUGCAAUUUUGUUUCGUUGCUGUUGUUAUCAGCAUAUCUAACUUUUGUUCCGAGUUUUCGGAACUGGUAAGGUGGGGGACAUAUAAAUUCUGAUGCAAAAUGUUGUUCUUCAUUUAUCAAGGCAUAUGUUUGGCUGUUGUUUGAGA